AUGUCGGACGAGUUAGAUUUGUACAGUAUUCAAAAAUAUGUAAAUGACAUCGGAGUCCACCAAUGCUUUUCCCCACAAUAUAUUCAAAGGAGCUGUAUUAGCAGUGAAGAAUUAGCCUUCAACAUUAAAUUGACGAACAGAUGCAUCAAGAAUUGGGACGAAUUGAAGAACACCAUUCCCGGUGUUUCGUACGUCGAUAUUCUCAAUUCAACUUUGAAAUCAAAUGGAAUGCCCAACAAAGUCAAAUCUACAAAUCAAAUGGAAACCCGUUUACUUAAUCUAUGUUCAAAAGUACGCGGGUAUCUUAAAGGAAAAAGCGGCAGAAAAUAUGAAACGAUCGCCUCUGCCGAACGAAAUUUCAGUGUACGGUGGCACGAACUGGAGAACUUCUAUCACGCAGAAGAAAAGUUGUCCAUAGCUAGUGAAAAGGUUACGCUGGUGGAGAAGGAGCGUGAUAAUCUGCAGAAGCGCUGUGAAAAUUUAUAUCAGAGUUUAUUACAAGAAAAGACCUCACGAAAAUGUGCAGAAGAGAAUGCUAUGGAAUACAGUGAUAACUUGGAAACACUGAAGGCUGAAAAUUUGCACCUCUACGAGUAUGUUGAAAAGAUAGAAGAGCUGUCAAAGUUUGAAAAUUUGGGUAAGAAAAUACCAGAUUUAAAGGAAAGGCAACAGCGCCGUAAGAUCCAAGAACUGAAGACUAAAGUGCAGACAGCCUUGUGGUUUACUGAAACAUUUGGUUUAAAGCUUAGCUCUGUGACCUUCCAAGACGAUGAUGGAAAAUGUCACCCAUUGGAGUAUAAAUACCAAGCUCAGGAAAAAAGAUCCUUCAAGGAUUUACCAGAAGACGACCAAGAGAAAAUUCAACAGAUUCUGUUUAUAACAGAUAAAUUUUGCAUCGGGGAGGCAGCCUAUCAUGAGCUAACGAUGAUGGACGGUGGUGAACAGCUACCAAGGUCAUACCUUGUGAAACAGUGCAAACAUGCUAUGGACCAGCUUUGUCAUAUUUCAAGAACUCCUGGAAAAGCCGAUGGAGCACAGCUUGAUUUCAAGAGAGAGUUACAGGAGCAGAUAAAAAAGCAGGUAUGAUACUGAAGGAUGUACUGAUAUUUUAGGUUACCCCCUUAGGCUGCAAUGUGCCCAAAUGCACCCUACACAGGCUGGUCAGAAGUACACGCUACACAGGCCAGUCAAUAUAAUCACCUAGAACAAUGGUAUCACAUCAAAACAUGAUGUCAUAUAUUGAUUUCUAUUAACCCCCCACCCCCCAUCGGUGAUUCCUUCCGACGGCCCUGCUACACGGUAGCUCUAAAGUUUACCAUGUCUAAUGCCAAUUUUAAUUAUUAGGGAGAGUUGCAGACUACCAGGUUAAUUCAAUUUUUAACAUGUCCAGAAAUUCCCAUACUGCUAGAUUCUUUGUUAAUAUCACAAGGAUAAAGUGUAUAAAACUAUUUACAGGAAUUAUGCCCUAAUUUACCUUACUUUUGUAUCUCACUGUAUCUGUGUGUGUCUGACCCAAGACAAAUUUACUCAUCAAGGGUUGGAUCUUGCCAGUUAAUGAUUAUGCUAAUUUGUCUUGUUUCUUUUUUAGAUUGACUUGGCUGAAUUCCUUAAGGACCCCACUAACAAGCUAAAAGUAAAAAUUAGUGGAGACGGAGCACAGAUGACCAGGCUCACAAAUUUCGUUAUCAUGUCCUUUUCACUACUGGACAACGAUGAUGUCAUGUCAUCUAAGGGUGAGUCAGCAGACCUUAAGUUAAGUGUUGUUACCAUAAUGAUAUGAUAGUACGCUUAAUAUUCUGUUUGACCACUUGUUGCAAAUUUUUCCAAUACCCUGUGCUAUACCAAACUGGUUUCGAAAAAACCAUGUUGAUUUAUACCCCCUUGUUUACAUUUAGGGAAUCAUACAGUGGCAGUAAUUAAAGGUGAAGAGAGCUAUGAUCUCCUUAAAACAUCUUGCUCAGAGUUUUUUUCAGAGGUGAACAAGAUUUUGCAAGAUGGAAAAAUUGAUAUUGAUGGUUUGCAGAUUCCUGUUGAGAUAUACCUUGGGGUGACUAUAAGGUAUAUAUUGAAGGCGAAGUGAAUAAAUGGUAAACAAAAACCGAGACAAGGUCGAGGUUUUUAUUCUCCAAUAUUCACAGAGCCUGAGGUGAAUAAUUGUUUUAGUAUAAUUACAUAGGUACUAGGUGCAAAUGUUUGAAAAGGCAAAAUUUGGAACCUAAAUCUGACAAUAGGCAUUAGGUGAUUAUCUUGUAAUAAUCACCUCAAGCACAGCCAAUCAGCAUUAAGAAUUUUCAAUAAUCACCUAUGUAAUUAUACUAAUUCUUCACUAGAAACUUUGAUGACGAACAUUAUCCCUUGUCUGCUGUUGAAUAGAAUAAUUCUCUUUAUUUAUAUAAUUCAAUAUAUUUCAUAUUGUUUUAAUUUCUGUUGUUGUAGUUCCUUCUGAUCAUAAUGGGCAUGAAAUGUGCUACAUCUGAUUUUUCAUGCCUUUGGUGCCUAAUUCAUAAACAUGACAGGUGAGGUAAUAGAGAUCUUUAUAUGUGGGCUGUGGCAAACAUGUCCACCCAGUCAGCAGAACUACAUAAAUUUCCAUGAAUUUAAAGCUCUGGAUGUCUGAUAAUAAUUUACUUUUCCAACUUUUAAUUUGUUUCAUUUUAGACAUGAUAUGUCAAAGGAACUAAAAUAUUAUUGUGAGGAACCACUGAAGAGAACAUUAGAAAGCAUCAAGGAGAAUGCCAAAAAUAACAAGUAUUCGUGUGCUCAUAGGCCUCUGUUGAACAUUUCACUGGACCAUGUUGUCCCAGACGAAUUACACCUAAUGCUCAGAGUUACAGGUAUGAACAUUGAUGCAUAUAAUAAAUUAUGUUAGAAAAAGCUACAGUAUAUAAGGUAGGGUGCAAAAUUUGGUUGUAUUGCAGCUUGAUAUGGCUUUAGAAGUAAUCUAAUGAAGAGGAUGCUACUGUCAGUUUAUACAAGCACAUAUUUUUUUCAAUUGGCAGAUGUGUUAACUAAGAACCUGGUUGAUGAAGCUGUUGCCUGGGACCACAAAGAAAACCUUAACAAGGCACCAUGUCAAAGAACGACUGCACAUGUGGAUGCUUUAAAACAAGCAAUUGCCAGCUGUGGUAUAUCUUUUAACAUAUGGGAAAAGAAGAAUGCUGACGGCAAAGCUAGCGGUCUCUUUGAAUUCACAAGCUUGAUGGGAAGUGAUAAAAAAAUUCUCAUGAAAGAACUACCUCCCAAGCUUAAAGACAUUUUGAAGCCAAAAAGCUGUAACACAAUUGUGCAAAUUUGGGAGGUUGGUAAUAAUAUUCUGAUAAUAUACUGUACAGCAUCAUCAAAUGAAUGCUGAUAUGAAUAGAUGUGAAUUUACUAACCUGUUGAAGUGACUUAUAUUUUCAGAACUUUCAUGAGCUUUACACCAUGCUUGGUGAAUCAGACCCAUCUGAUGAAUACAUUCAGACAUUUUUUGAAAAGGUAUUUUUUAUUCAAAUGUAUUGUGAUUACAUUUCACUUUAACUCUGUGUAUACUAUUACUUUAUAUAUUUUGCUGCAGGCUAAACAUUGGAUAGUCCUCUUCAACUCACUUGCUGGUGAAUGUGAAGG